AUGGCUCCUUCAAAACCAUUGCCACUCUCUGACGAGUGGACCGAUCCGGACGAAUAUGUCUCGGCCCUCCUCUCCUUCACAACCGAGUCUGUGAUGUUCAUGAACCUGUGCGGUGGCGUGCAUAUCCUCGAUUUCUUGACGCGCGAUCCCGACCUGUACACAUCUCUACUGCCAGAAGAUUGGUGUACGUUCUUCGAGCACCAUGAUAUCCACAGCAUCUUGCAAUUGCUCCUGCGCGAGGACAUUGGUCCGCUAUGUGAGCAAGCGGAAACAGACAGUACCGACAGGACCUGGAAUGGAAGCGCGUUCCCGCCUGCGACUCUCCUGGAAUACAUUCGCAACAUUCGCCGAUUGAGCCUCCGUCGCGAGUUUACGCCCGACAAGUCUGAGAGUCUCCCGAGACAUAUCGUUGUGGGCAUGAAUAAGAAGAAGGCACAUGAGGUUGAACAGUUCUCCCGAUAUGUCGCAUCCUUGUCUGAGACAAUCAAUGAAAGUCGCGGGGAGCCAUUGACUCAUAUCGCUGAUUUCGGGUCUGGUCAAAACUACCUGGGCCGUACAUUGGCCAGCGCACCUUACCAUAAGCAUAUCAUCGCUAUUGAGCGCAAACACCAAUAUAUCAGUGGGGCCAAUCGGAUGGAUAUUCAUGCCCGAUUGGCGAAGGAUGAAAAGAAGAAGUUCAUGCACAAUGCGAAGCUUGCCAAACUGCAGAAGAAAAAGGCAAAAAUCCAAUGCGACGACUGUACUGAUACCCCCGAGCUCGCACCGGAAACUCCCGAUGUUUCAGAGGCCAAGGUGCAGGCGCAAUCAGAACCAACUGAGACACCGUCAGGAGAAGCGAUUGCACAAGUGGAAGAUGAUCUCUUCUCCGACACUCUAGGUGGCAUGAGCCUCGAAGCCAAUGAUAUCCUUACCUCGGUCGAGCAUAAGCCGCCCGUCCUCAAGCCACCUCCCGAAGUGGACUCCCGAGGCACCGUGAGCUAUAUUGAACAUGAGAUCAAGGACGGCUACCUAGAGCCCAUCAUCGAACACGUCGUGGACCCCCAAGCCUCGGUAGAAGCUAGGACAGCUACAGAUGAAGUCGUCACCAAGUCCGAGAACAAACCCAGUGACCCCCGGGUGAUGGUUGUAUCGCUGCAUUCAUGCGGUAACCUCGUCCAUCAUGGAGUGCGGUCAUUGGUGCUCAAUCCUUCCGUCGUCGCCAUUGCCAUGAUCGGCUGCUGUUACAAUCUCCUCACCGAGAGACUCGGCCCAGCCACGUACAAAAUCCCUAUCCUUCGAUCCUCCCACCCCAGACUCAAACAGACCGGCUCUUCCUGGGACCCGCACGGAUUCCCCAUGUCCAAGUUGUAUGCGGAAUAUGAAGCCGAAACGACCAAAGGCGUUAAGCUGAACAUCACCGCCCGCGCCAUGGCCGUCCAAGCACCUUACAACUGGGGCCGCGCAGACAGCGAAGGCUUCUUCACUCGCCACUUCUACCGUGCACUUCUACAGCGUGUUCUCUUGGACCAUGGUAUUAUUCCCAAGGCAGAUAUCCCAAAGGAUCUCUAUAAAGAUGACCCUGAGAACCCCGAGUCAGGCAUCGCAUUGAUUGUGGGAUCUCUGCGCAAGUCUGCCUUUGUCUCUUUCACGGCGUACGUUCGUGCUGCAACUGUCAAGUUGAGCCAGGAUCCGCUGCGCGGCGAGAAGGUCAAGGAACGAGUUUGUACCAUGACCGACGAGGAGCUGCAAGGUUACGAAACUGAGUACCUCCCUACACGGAAGAAUCUUAGUAUCGUGUGGGCUCUGAUGGCCUUUAGCUCUCAGGUUGUUGAGGCUGCGAUUGUCGUUGAUCGCUGGCAGUUCCUGCGUGAACAUGAUUCUGUGAAGGAGUGUUGGGUUGAGCCGGUGUUCGAGUAUGGCCAAAGCCCUCGCAACCUGGCUGUCAUUGGCAUCAAAAAGUGA